AGGUGUUGUUUGGACAGGACGUCCUGUGAGUAUAAAAGAAGUGGAGGACCAAAAAAUGGGAAGUGUACAUUGCUUUUUGGGGACUGCAGACAUGCUUAGGUUUCUGUUGCUGACGUCGCUCGCCGCCCUUGUGCUGGCUGAGCUGGAGCCCCAGCCCAGGUUCUUGGAGGAAGACGAGGCCGAGGAGAGAGUUGUUGGAGGAGAAGUGGCCAGACCUAACUCUUGGCCCUGGCAGAUCUCUCUUCAGUACAAAUCUGGCAGCAACUUCCACCACACCUGCGGAGGAACUCUCAUCAAAAGAGGAUGGGUCAUGACCGCCGCUCACUGUGUCGACCGCUCCAGGACUUGGCGCGUGGUUCUGGGAGAUCACAACAUCAACAGCCAGGAGGGCAGAGAGCAGUACAUGAGCGUGAGUCGUGUCCACCUGCACCCCAGGUGGAACCCAAACAAUGUUGCUGGAGGGUGGGACAUCGCUCUCCUGCGCCUGUCCUCUGACGCGUCCCUCAACAGCUACGUCCAGCUGGGUGCCCUCCCACCCUCUGGCCAGGUCCUGCCCCACAACAACCCCUGUUACAUCACCGGAUGGGGACGCACACAGACGGGCGGACAGAUAUCUGCCCAGCUGAAGCAGGCCUCCCUGCCAGUGGUGGACCACAGGACGUGCUCCAGCUACGGAUGGUGGGGUAGCACGGUGAAGAACUCCAUGGUGUGUGCCGGAGGCGGCAGCGAAUCCGGUUGCCAGGGCGACUCUGGCGGCCCCCUGAACUGCAGCGUCAACGGCAAGUGGGUCGUGCACGGCGUGACCAGCUUCGUGUCGUCCUCUGGCUGCAACGCCUACAGGAAGCCCACCGUCUUUACCCGCGUCUCUGAUUACAUCAGCUGGAUGGACAGCAUAAUGGCUUGAAAAGCAUCUUCACAAACCAUCAGAAUAAAAUGUUCUAUAACAUCCA